AAAAGGAAGCUUCAUUUCACGGACAUUCAAACCUCCAUAGAAACAAAGAAAGUUCUCUGUUUUUUUUUUAAAAAAAUUGGGCGACAACCAAACUUUCCAUUUUUUCCCCAUUCACUCAGGAAAAAAGAAGCCAAACACAAAAAAAAAGAAGCUUGUUUUAUGGCUACCAUUAGUACUACUAAAGAGUCUAACAGCUCUGGUUCAACAUCAGAGGGAGGAGGAGCUGUUCAUCGCAAUGGAAGUGAAAUUAAAGGACUUUUAACUCAUGGAGGUCGUUAUGUUCAAUAUAAUGUUUAUGGUAACUUGUUUGAGGUUUCUAGCAAGUAUGUCCCUCCUGUUAGACCUAUAGGUCGUGGUGCUUAUGGCAUUGUUUGUGCUGCUGUGAAUUCGGAAACACAUGAGGAAGUUGCUAUAAAGAAGAUUGGUAAUGCAUUUGACAACAGAAUAGAUGCCAAAAGAACACUGAGAGAGAUUAAGCUCCUAUGCCACAUGGAUCAUGAAAAUGUUAUUGCUAUGAGGGACAUAAUACGGCCACCCAAAAUGGAGGCCUUUAAUGAUGUCUACAUUGUUUAUGAAUUAAUGGACACUGAUCUUCAUCAGAUUAUUCGUUCCGAACAAUCCCUGAAUGAUGAUCACUGUCAGUACUUCUUGUAUCAGCUAUUACGAGGAUUGAAAUAUGUACACUCAGCCAAUGUUCUGCAUCGUGAUCUUAAGCCCAGCAAUUUGCUUCUCAACUCGAAUUGUGACCUUAAAAUUGGAGACUUUGGGUUGGCAAGGACAACGUCUGAAACAGAUUUCAUGACUGAGUAUGUGGUUACUCGUUGGUACAGAGCACCGGAGUUGCUCCUUAAUUGUUCAGAGUACACUGCCGCAAUUGAUAUUUGGUCUGUUGGUUGCAUACUUGGUGAGAUUAUGACCAGAGAACCUUUAUUUCCAGGGAAAGAUUAUGUUCAUCAGCUGAGGCUUAUCACAGAGUUAAUAGGUUCCCCUGAUGAUGCUAGCCUUGGCUUUCUGCGAAGUAAUAAUGCCCGAAGAUAUGUUAGACAGCUUCCGCAAUACAAAAAGAAAAUUUUCUCAGCUACGUUUCCCAAUAUGUCUCCUGGAGCUAUUGAUCUACUGGAGAAAAUGCUUGUGUUUGAUCCCAGUAAUCGCAUCACUGUUGAUGAGGCCCUUUGUCACCAAUAUUUGUCAUCUCUCCAUGAUAUCAAUGAUGAGCCUGUCUGCCCCAGGCCUUUUCAUUUUGAUUUUGAGCAACCAUCGUGUACCGAAGAGCACAUAAAAGAGCUCAUCUGGAGGGAAUCGAUGAAGUUCAAUCCAGAUCCAUCCUGUUAGGAGAAAAGGAAUAUGCUGCAGAAAGAUGUUGGGAAAUGGAAUAGCUUCUUCGUCAGAAUGUCAUCCAUCAUCAUUUCCUGGAGAAUAUGGACACGACAUUCGUAGAACCUAUAAGCUGAAGUCAUUUAAUGAUCAAGAAGUAGAGCAUAGCCUCUGACAAAAUUGGUUGCUUGUAUGCAAUUUUAACGCCUGAAGUGAAUUGCAAUGUAAAAAGUCGCGAGUACCAGAAUUUGGGAAUUUGAUCUAAGAGCAAAGAAAAUAUCAUAUAUGCUGUAUUGAUCAUGAUGAUCUAAUAUCUAUUUUUUCUCCUCAACAAGUCUCAAAUAAAAUUGAGAAACUAAUAAGAAGUGCUUGUUUUGCAUUCUAA